GGUUCCCUGGGGUGAGUUCGCCCAUUUAACGCUCCCUCUCGGCGUAUCUAGGUCCCUCGGCCUCUGUUCUCUGACCCCAGCGGAGGAAAUCUUGUCCAGAAAUUCAACAUGUCUAUCCUCAGGAUCUACGCCAGAGAGAUCUUCGACUCUCGUGGAAACCCCACUGUUGAAGUUGAUCUCUACACUGGAAAAGGUCUCUUUCGAGCUGCUGUGCCCAGUGGUGCUUCCACCGGUGUCCAUGAAGCCCUGGAACUCCGGGACAAUGAUAAGACCCGCUAUAUGGGGAAAGGUGUCUCAAAAGCGGUUGAGCACAUCAAUAAAACUAUUGCCCCAAGCCUGGUUAGCAAGAAACUGAAUGUUGUGGAACAGGAGAAAAUCGAUAAGUUAAUGAUAGAAAUGGACGGCUCUGAAAAUAAAUCUAAAUUUGGUGCAAAUGCCAUAUUGGGAGUGUCUCUGGCUGUUUGUAAGGCUGGAGCUGCUGAGAAAGGUGUCUCCCUGUAUCGCCAUAUUGCUGACCUUGCAGGCAAUAGUGAAGUCAUCCUUCCAGUUCCAGCCUUCAAUGUGAUCAAUGGUGGCUCCCAUGCUGGUAACAAGCUGGCCAUGCAGGAGUUCAUGAUCCUCCCUGUUGGAGCAGCAACUUUCAAGGAGGCCAUGCGCAUUGGGGCUGAGGUCUACCACAACUUGAAGAACGUGAUUAAGAAGAAAUAUGGACAGGAUGCCACUAACGUAGGGGACGAGGGUGGCUUUGCUCCUAACAUUCUAGAGAAUAAAGAAGCUCUGGAGCUGCUGAAAGAAGCCAUUGGUAAAGCCGGUUAUACUGAUAAGGUUGUGAUUGGUAUGGACGUGGCUGCCUCAGAAUUCUUCCGCUCUGGGAAAUAUGACUUGGAUUUCAAGUCUCCUGAUGAUCCCAACCGAUACAUCUCUCCUUCUGAGCUCGGGGACCUCUACAAGACCUUCAUCAAGGACUAUCCAGUGGUGUCCAUUGAAGAUCCCUUUGACCAAGAUGACUGGGGGGCUUGGAAGGAUUUCACUGCCACUGCAGGCAUCCAGGUGGUAGGGGAUGAUCUCACAGUGACCAAUCCCAAGCGCAUUGAAAAGGCUGUGAAUGAGAAAGCCUGCAACUGCCUUCUCCUCAAAGUGAACCAGAUUGGCUCCGUGACCGAGUCUCUCCAGGCGUGCAAGCUGGCACAGUCCAAUGGGUGGGGAGUAAUGGUUUCCCAUCGUUCUGGAGAGACUGAAGACACCUUCAUUGCAGACCUGGUGGUGGGUCUCUGCACUGGGCAGAUCAAGACUGGUGCCCCUUGCCGAUCUGAGCGUCUAGCCAAGUAUAACCAGCUUCUUAGAAUCGAGGAAGAACUGGGCAGCAAGGCUAGGUUUGCCGGAAGGAACUUCAGAAAUCCUCAGGCCAAGUAAACUGCUUGGCAGGGAAGCCUCCGAGCUAAAAGCUAGCAGGCUCCAGUCACCUCCGUAGAAGUCUGCUCCUGUCCUGCGAGUGGGCAGCGCCAAGUACUAGACCAGUUUUGUUCUGGGGGCAGGGGCCUCUGCUGUGUAACUUCCCUCUCCCCUCCACCUCUCUGUGAUGUUCUCACUGCUUCCUUAGAACUGUCUUAUCAGAGACUGUCCCUGAUCAUCUGCACCUCUGUCAGAAGGCCUUAUUGUCUUGUGACUGGGCUAAAGUGACCUGUUCUCACCCCUCCCUUGUUGGUAUGUGGAGCCAUAUGUUUGUGAUGCAGCCCCAAAAAGCCCACAGGCAGAUCCUUAGUGGCUUCUCUGUGCAGAAUAAAAGUAUUCAGUAACCCUCUGGAAA